AUGUGUUUCAUCCGUCCUACCUUAACACAGAGCCUGCGGCGCCUGUCCCAGAGCAAGGCGAUCGCCAAGAUGACCGUGCUGCACAGGUCCUCCGGCUCGUCCAGUGGGACCCACUCUGCCGAUGGGUCGCCAAGCCACUCGGCGUCGCGGCCCGACGGCCGCCCCGAGUCCGACCUGCUGUCCAGCGCGUCCUCCGCCCUCCGGAGGCUGCACUUCAAGUCCUCGGCCAGCAGGAGGUACAAAGGCAAGCACGCCGGCAACGCCACGCCGCCCAUCCCCACGGUGGUCAUCAUGGGUUCCAGCACGACGUCGGAGACGACCAUCAACACCAGCACGGACUCGGCCACGACGCAGGUGACGGCCGUGACGGCGACGGACGGCGAGACGACGGAGGACUCGCUGGACCGCGGCCCCAACUUCGUCAUCAACGACUCCCGCGAUGAGGACGUGUUCGUGGGGACGUUCCCGGGGACGCCGUCGUCGGACUCGCGGCUGCAGGCGACGCCGACCACGCCGCUGCUGAGCGCCCUGCACCGCAAGACCGGCGACCAGAGCUACCUGUUCACGCGGACGGAGAUCGAGGACGACGGCGAGGACUUCCUGGGGGACCCUUCGUCGCCGACCUGGCUGACGUCGUCGUUGUCGUCCGUGGCCGCCACGACGCCCACCAUCUCCCCGCGGACGUCCACGUCGUCGCAGGUCAUCUCGCUGUCGUCGCUGCAGCGCACCAUGCCGGGCACCGUGCCCUCCUCGCCGCCCUCCACGCCGCCCAACACGCCGCUGUCCAAGACCAGCCCGCAGGUGAGCCCGCUGCACCGGCCGCGGCACUUGAAGCGCAAGCAGCACGUGAGCCGCAAGUCCAGCCACGUGGCGGACCGCCGGCACUCGCACUACCACCCGCCGCCCAGCCCCACGCUGUCCGUGCGCCUGGCCGCCGACAAGCGCCGCAUGCCGGCCACCACCACCAGGAAGGCGCCCGCCACCAUCGUGGUGCAGCAGCCCUCCGUCACGGGCAACUCACCCGAGGGCGGCGGCGACGGCCACAUCGACGCCAACGUCUUCAUCCUGGACAAGCAGCAGCUGGACGUCAACAGCCACUUCAACACGCUGCAGUGCCUGGAGACGAGGUUCGGGCGGCCGCACCACUCCCGGUCGCAGUCCGUGAAGACGCCGGGGCGCAGCGGCAACGUGUCGGACCGGCAGCGGCCGCACCUGCUGUGCCUGCCGCAGCAGCGCGCGCGCGUCGCCUCCAUGCCCAACACGGGCGUGGAGGAGGAGUACUACCGCCUCAGGCACUUCUCCAUCACCGGCAAGGGCAUCGUGAACCGCGGCGACUCCCUCAAGAGCAGGCGCUCCAGGUCCAAGAACAGCGUCGCGUCCUCCAACUCCAGCCACAGCACCGAGCAUAUAGGGCCCAACGGCUCGGCGCGGUCCUCGGCCACGUGCUCCUUGGCGUCGUCCAGGGACUCGUCCACCUGCACCGUGCCGUACCGCGUGGUGAUGCUGGGCGGCGCCGGCGUCGGCAAGUCCUCGCUGGUGCAGCAGUUCAUGACGUCCGAGUACCUGCACGCCUACGACCUGUCGCUCGACGACGAGUGCGGCGAGAAGUCCGUUAGCAUCCUGCUCGACGGGGAGGAGUCCGAGCUCACCUUCGUGGACCAUCCGUCCUCCGACACCACGCCGCUGAACGAGGGCCAGCCCGAGCCGCACGCGUACUGCGUGGUGUACUCGCAGGCCGACCUGCCCAGCUUCCGGAAGGCCGAGGACGAGCUGCAGCGGCUGUGGACGGGAGGCAGCGUGGGCACCAAGGCCGUCAUCCUGGUGGCCAACAAGACGGACCUGGUGCGGGGCCGCACCGUCACGGCGGAGGAGGGCAAGGCGGCCGCCACGUCGUACGACUGCAAGUUCAUCGAGACGUCGGUGGCCAUCAACCACAACGUGGACGAGCUGCUGGUGGGCAUCCUGACGCAGAUCCGCCUGAAGCUGCAGGACCCGGAGCGCACGCGCAGCAUCUUCCGCAAGCGCAGCGCCUCGCGCUCCAAGAGCCGCUCGCGCUCGCCGCUCAUCGUGUCCUGCGUCGGGGGGCUCACGUCCACCUGCGUGGGCGCCGGCGAGGACCCCAACGGCAACAACGGCCACCCCGCCGAGCCGCCCCUGUCCCCAGGGCGGGGCUCGGGGCCGCGCUGCCGACGCAACCGCAUGUCCGCCAGCCUCAAGGUCAGGGGGCUCCUGGACAAGGUGUGGGCGCGCGACUCCAAGUCCAAGUCCUGCGAGAACCUGCACGUCUUGUAA